AGUGCAAGUUAAUGGAAAUAUGCCCUCGUUCCUCUUAGAUGACAACAGCAGUUCGUCUGAUGAAGCAACGGCCUCGACCUCAAAAGAGCAGCAGAAGACCAAGAGUUUCUCCUGCGUCACCUGCGGGAGGACCUUCAGCAAACAGGGCAAUUUAGCACGACACCAGAGAAAACACACAGAACAGAAAGACUUCACCUGUAAGACCUGCAACGUCAGCUUCCCUUCCCUAAAAGACAGAAGAGCUCAUGUAAAAGAGCACAAGGUGAAGAAGGAGUUUCGCUGUGAGCAGUGCGGGAAGGUUUCCUUCACUUCGGGGAAUCUGAAGAUCCACAUGAAGACACACACCGGCGAAAAACCUUUCCACUGCAGCGAGUGCGACAAGUAUUUCAGCACCAAACAAUCUCUAAUGGUUCACAAGCGAAUCCACACGGGGGAGAAGCCAUACAAGUGUGAUCAUCUGAGGUUGAAUCAUUUCUACUCGGGAGGAGGAGGACACCUUGUGGCUGAGGUAUAUCUCACACUGUGGCCAGGAAAGCAGUCGAGAAGGAGGUGAAGUCUCUAGACAUGA